AUGGAGCAUACCGACGGCAGCAGCUCGGCCGUGUCGCCCUCCAGCCCGUGCAAAAAGGACGGCAGCAGCUCGGCCGUGUCGCCCUCCAGCCCGUGUAAAAAGGACGGCAGCAGCUCGGCCGUGACGCCCUCCAACCCGUGCAAAAAGGACGGCAGCGGUUCGGCCGUGUCGCCCUCCAACCCGUGCGAAAAGGACGGCAGCGGUUCGGCCGUGUCGCCCUCCAGCCCGUGUAAAAAGAAUGGCAGAAGCUCGGCCGUGUCGCCCUCCAGCCCCUGCAAAAAGCACGGCAGAAGCUCGGCCGUGACGCCCUCCAGCCCGUGCAAAAAGCACGGCAGAAGCUCGGCCGUGUCGCCCUCCAGCCCGUGCAAAAAGGACAGUAGAAGCUCGGUCGUGACGCCCUCCAACCCGUGCAAAAAGGACGGUAGAAGCUCGGCUGUGACGCCCUCCAACCCGUGCAAAAAGGACGGCAGCGGUUCGGCCGUGUCGCCCAAAAAGGACAGCAUCCGCUCGACCCAGGCGUUACCCAGGCAAUAUAAAAAGGACGGCAGCAGCAGCUCGGGUUCCCAUAGUUCCCGCUCCGGUGCCUCCACGUCCAAGCGGAAACCAGUCACACACCGGCGGCGCGCGCCAUUUCCUUGGACCCUCCCGGACCGCCGCCAGCCGCUCAGCAAGAGCUCUUCUCGGCGCUCGCCGUCCUCGCGCCACAGUAGUAGGAGAUGUUCUCCAAGCCAGCACUCACGCUCUCCAGGUCGACGCUCACGCUCUCCAGGUCGACGCUCACGCUCUCCGGGUCGACGCUCACGCUCUGUGGGACGGCGCUCACACUCUCCGGAUCGGCGCUCACGCUCUCCGGGACAGCGCUCACACUCUGCGGGCCGACGCUCACGCUCUGCGGGACGGCGCUCACGCUCUCCGGAUUGGCGCUCACGCUCUCCGGAUCGGCGCUCACGCUCUCCGGAUCGGCGCUCACGCUCUCCGGAUCGGCGCUCACGCUCUCCGGGAUGGCGCUCACGCUCUCCGGAUUGGCGCUCACGCUCUGCGGGACGGCGCUCACGCUCUCCGGGCCGACGCUCACGCUCUCCGGGACGGCGCUCACGCUCUCCGGGACGGCGCUCACGCUCUCCGGGACGGCGCUCACGCUCUCCGGGACGGCGCUCACGCUCUCCGGGACGACACACUCCAAGUCGACAUCCUGAAUCUUCAGUUGAACAGAGCUUGCAAAUAAUAGUUGGCAAUGACUGUUACGUUAUUGAUUCACCCGAGAGAAAGAGAACACCUGAUAGAUUAUGCUCACCUGUUGAUAGCCGUGUGGACAGGGAUGGCUUGGCUGAUGGUCCAAUAUUUAGUAGAAGCAUUUCACCUCGAAGUCUUGGGCGAUAUCCUUCUCUUGAGGAAAGGUCUUCUAGCCCUUUCAGUGUGAGACAUGAUGCGGACUAUCGCAGUAGGAACUAUGACCAUCUACAUGAUCAACCAAGAGAAACUGAUAAUUAUGGCGAGCUACUUAGAAAAUCCCUAUAUCCAUCAGAAGAUAGAGGACGAGAACCAAAACAGGCUCGAUAUGACAGAGAUGACAGACUGCUUGAUAUGAGCAUAGAGCCUCAUGGUUUCACGCCAGCAACACGAAACUAUCGUAAACGAAGUCUUAGUAGAAGCCCAAGCCCAACAUAUCUAGAUGAGGAUUUCCGUAAGCUUGUAAAUGCUAGGAGAAAAAGAGAAGAGGAGGAACUAAGAAAUUUCAGUCGAAAACUUCCUGGCAGUGGCUACGUGACUAACUCAAUACAGUCUUCUGAACCUCGGUACCUUCAUAGACCAGAUGACGCACCAGCAAUGCCCAAAAAAUCUAUAUUGAAGAAACGGGUGGACGAUCCUUUUAUGCAGAACUGUGGAAGUUUUUUAAAACAGAAAGAGACUCAUGAGUUGACAUCAGAGAAUCUUGACAGGCACAGUGACUUCUUGCUUCCUCAUGAAAGAGCCAGCCAGGAUGGGAGUGGCUUUUCGCGCAUUCUGGGAAUGAUGACAGAUUCUACCAGCGCACAAGAGAAGAGAAGGCACAGCUUCAUAGAUGACAUUGAAGAUGAAGAGAAAUUUCUUUAUGGCGAUGAUGAAGGCUCUAAUGUCAACUUCCUCUCCACUCAAAAGCUAACACUGAGUGGGGAGAACGAAUGUAUGAGCCAGAAAGUAAGUUCUUCACUUCUUCCUAGACCAUCUGUAAAACCAAACACGUCAGAAGCGUCCAGGCCAGAUGAUGAGAAGAUCCAUGACUUGCUCAUGACUAUUGGUCUUGACAUUGGGGUGGCUGAAAUUAGUAAGCUUGCUGCCCGUACUCAGGAACGACUCCAUGGGAAAAAACCGUCUCGUUCUCCUGAUCGUCAUUUGGUGGCUUCUUGUAAACCAGAAUCUCGGGAGAGGCAAAAGAGCCAAAGCAACACAGAUUCUCUAGAGUCAACCCAAAAGUGCUCUCUAUCACCCUCUGGUUCUUUCUCACCAUCUAAAGAUAUGUCCUUUGUUUCCAACUCGGAGCACAAUACAAGCAAAACUGUAAGGCAAGAUAAUCCUGCUGGCACCUCAGUACCUCUAAUACCAUCAGCUCCACCUUCACUUCCUGCUCCCACUUCGUUUUCCUGGUAUGGUGAUCCAGACUUUGCACCAUUCCCUGCCAUUCAGGUGCCACAAAACUAUCCACCUCCCACUAUGCCCCCUCCUGGCUAUAAUGCAUAUGGACACUACGUGACAUAUGAGGCUUCCGGCUGGCCCAUGUAUAUUCCACAGACGUCUGACCCUGCACUUUCAGCUAUACAUGGACUUGUCAAGCCAUCAGUGCCACCAAAUCCUACACGACCCAACCUCAAAGUUAUUAAGGAAGCUUCCCUAGGCAAAGGGACUCCUAAUAUCCAGAGAGCUCAGUCUGUGCUUGUGCAAAUCCCUAUGUGUGCUCCUUCCUCCAACUUGCUCACCCAAUCUUCUGUCCAAGCUGUCAAGGAAACAAUAUCAGAUGAAAGUCCUCGGACUUCUCAGAAGCAAAGGAUAAUAGAGGAAAGAGAGAAGCUGAAGGCUCAACUAGAAACACAACAGAAGAAGCUGCACUAUUUGAGGAUUGAAUUAAAUAGGCUUUCAAAACAGCAAGAGGUGAUGCUGCAGAAGAAGCGUAAACCGAUAGACCCCUUGCUAGUGGAAGUAAUCCGACAAAAAGAGAACAUUGCAAAGAAGGUUUCUCAACUGGCAUUAAAUGUUGGUGUUGCAAAGAAGAAACAAUCUGAGCUUGACAAAGUAGCUCAGAUCUUGGGGAUUAAUAUGUUUGAGAAAUCUCAGAAACUCUCUUCAGAAAAUAAAGACACCAAAAACAACAACUCAAAAAAUGCGAGAAGUCAAGGGAUAACCUCCAACCCAAUCAAGGUGAGUGAUGGGGCCCCAGCUAAGGGUUUCCCCAGUGUGAUGACCCUGACUCCAAACCAGAACACCAUACAGGACACCGGACAACCCUUGGGACCCAACCCAGGAGGAAUGCAAGCUACAGCAGCUAGAUCAGGAGUGCAGAGCGUACCUGGACCACCUUACACAGCAGAUCAAGUGGCUGCUUUGGACGUGGAUAGGCCAGCGUGCGGUGCAUUGCCCAUGGUCCCAGAAGACGGGUCAACACAUCAGGAGUCCAUGGCACUCUCGAUUCCAAGUAACCCUGCUCAGAAGCGGUGGGGACCAGAGCCCGUGAAGGUCGUCAUUUGCGGACACAGCUUGGUAUUCUGGGCCAGCCACAGAGCAACUCAAGCAGCUGUUGGCACGCAGUUGGGGCUCAGUCAGUUUGCCUCCAUCCAGUGGGUUGGUAGGCGACACAUGAUGUGGGGGCGUCUCCUUGAUACGUUGUUCCACUCUGGUGUGGUUUGUGCCCCACCACAGUUGUUGGUGCUCCACCUGGGGGGGAAUGAUAUGGGGGUUGUGAAGGGGAAGGCCCUGAUUGUACAGGUUCAGGAAGAUUUCAAAGUCAUUUGGAGCCAAUGGCCGGACACUUGCAUUAUAUGGUCCAACAUCCUUCCUCGGCGCCAAUGGCGUGAGGGAGGGGAUGUCCGUUGUUUAAAUAGGGCAGUGAAGAAAGUGAAUAGGGAAAUUCGUCUGACUUUAAAGGAUCAGCAGGGCUCUGUGAUCUUCCAUCCUGCAAUUUUACCAUCCAGAGAGGAGCUUUACAGGGCAGAUGGUGUUCACCUGUCCAAUGAAGGUAACGACAUUUUCCUGCAGGAUCUGCAAGUGGGCCUGCGGGAUUUUAUCCUUGGCAAGUGGGGGGAGGGUGCCAAAGCCUAGGCCUAACACCCUCCAUUGGUGGUUUUUGCAGGCAUUUUAGGACAUUUGAACAGAUUUGGUGAGAACUCAGUGGCACCUUUGCAACGAUUGGCAAAUUCGGAGGCCUGCUCCUCAAGGGCUGUGUGGCUCUUGAGUCAGGAUACAGCUUGCUUUUGGUAACCUUCCUGUCUCACUU